UUCGAACUCUAUAUAUAUAUAUAUUCGAUGAAAUGACGGAACAGAGAAUAAAUAAGAAUAAGCUAAUAUAAAUAACUAGUACUAUAAGCCUAUACAGAACCACAAACAUCAAUCUCUAGCCCCCUUGUUUUGCACAGUCAUCCUUCCACUCCACCAUGUCCACACGUGUCGCCGCCGCACUCCUCCUCCUCCUCGCCACCUUCGCCCCGACGCAUUCCUCCGACGACCUAAUCGACAAAAUAUGCAAAACGACACCGUUCUACGAGUUCUGCGAGGCCUCCCUCCGGCCACUGUCUCCGGAGAACGCGACCUCAAUCGCGGCGGCGAUGGCCACCGUCGUUCUCCGGAACAUGACGGAUACCUUGGGCUUCAUCCAGUCGCAGAUAAGGCGGUCACGUGAUCCCGCGGCGGAGCGAGCUCUGGCGGAGUGCGCGGAGCUUUACCGGCCGGUGGUUAAGUUCAACAUCCCUCAGGCCAUCGACGCCAUGCGGCGUGGGGACCUUGGCUUCGCCGUUUAUGUCAUCGGAGACGCCGAGAAACAGGCCGACGCUUGUCAGAAAGGAUUUUCAGCCGCCGGCGACGAUGACGAUGGCUCGACGGCGGCUCUCACGGCGAGGAACAAGCUCCUCAAGGACCUCUGUGACUUGGCCAUUGCUGUCCUCAAGUCGCUUAUGAAGGGUGGUUGAAUUGAUUACUUUAAUUUUCUUAAUUUUAAAUUUUAUGUAAAUUAUAAUUUUGUAACGAGAUUGGUGUGAGGGUUUUGUUCUGUUUCAUAUAAAUAUUAAGCUGAUUAGCUGUGCCACAUAA